AAAAAGAUUGGUUUUUCACAAACCAAAUGAUGAGUGUGUGAAGGAAAUUCGGCCAUAAUUUUUCUAGUGAGAGAAAAAUAUUAGUUUGGUUCCAUUAAUAUCAUUUUGUGUAUAGAAAAUAUCUAUAAUAUUUUCUAAAUAUUAUUAGAAAUAUUUUCUAUAGAAAUAUACAAGAUUAUUAUUAUCCCAAUUUUAAUAUUUAUAUUUUAUACUACUAUAAUCUUUACUAGCAUAAAGAUUGUGGUAGACUCCGGCGUUGUUCGUGUGUCAAAGUUGGAGACCGGACGCUUGAACGGUUACGUUUGCACUUUCAACGCUCUUCCUACGACUUCUUCGUUUUUAACGCUUACGGAGAAAGAAAGUUCUUCAGACAAUGUUCUUAUCAUGAGUCUGAACAAAUCAGUAAAGUGGAAGCAAGUGGUGUCUCCCUCUCCCAGUGAUGAAGCACCACAGAAUCUUGCUCCAAUAAAUCUUGAAGAAGAAGAAAAAUCCUCUGACCAAGGAGAACUACAAAGGAAAAAGAAGAGGAAGAUCACCUCUCCCUCAACAUCUGGACAUGUCAAUCCGGAUGAGUUGAAGGAGAAAGAACCAACACUUGAAGAACCAACUGAGGAAACCUCAGCUCACAACCGAAGUCCUCAACAACUUGAAGAAGAAAUUCCUCAACUCUACUAUGACUGGAGAGCUUGGAAAGUUGGAAAUUCAGUAGAACAGUUGCUGAGUUGGGACCAGCAAUUGAAGAAUGAAAAGAUCAUCAAGAAAUGCUUAGGUCUGCCUGUCAACUAUUGCUGUGAGCAAAUCCUGGAUGUUGACUGGGUAUGGCAAAGAAAUUAUGAAGAUUUGCAUCUGGAACACUUGGUCACCUCACCAAUUUCAGAGUUUGAGGUGGAUGAUGAGGAUCCUGCAGUAUACAAACCAGUCCCCUCAAAAACCACAGAAGAUCAGGUGGUUCUCACUUCUGAAGCAAGAGCUAACUUGGAAACAACAUCUGAGGAUUUCCAAAUAUUUCCGGAAGCCUCAUCUGCCUUUGAAGUUGUUCCACCUGAAGCUGAAGUCUCUACACCAAAACAGAACCAGGAAGGAUCAAAUGAAGAAUUCCAGCAACUUCUCCAUUCUGAAGCUUUAGAGAUUCUCACAAACCCCUAUGAAAUCACCAACCCCACUGAAGCAAAGAUCCCGGAGGAGUCAACAGAAAAUCUGGAGAUGUCCAAAACCCCAGAAACAAACGAAGCUCAAGAAGAGCAAGCUGUAGAAACCCAGAGAAGUUCUGCUAAAGCUGAGAAGGAAACUCAAAUGGCAGAAUUGGAGGCCUCCAAAUCUCCAGUAGCCAUUUUUGAAGGACAGAACGAAGCAGAAGAAAGAGACUCCCUCUCUCGGGAUAUAUCAAAUUUUACACUUGGGAAAGCAGAAGAAGAAUCUGAAAGGACCCUGAAGAUCAAUGAUGAAGAAGAUGUACAAGAUGAUGCUGAAUCUCUUCCUCUGCAACUCUUCCAAAGAACUCUCUCUUCUCAUCAGGUAACCAACUUCCAUUUACCUAGCUCUUCCAUUCCUACUCUUGCGGAUGAGGUACCGGAAAUCUGGACAAAGAAGGUCCAAGGGCUGAUUGACUCAGCCCUAGCAUCUCAAAAUGCCUCCUUUAGGCAAGAGAUAGAGCAGAUGGAGGCCAGGCAAAACAAACUGAUUGAGAAAUCCGAAGAAACACAUUGCUCCAAUCUCAAGGAGAUAAGCAAAUCAGUGGAUAAGACUCUAGAGAUCUUAUCUCUAUUGACUAACACUGUGAGCAACACGAUGGAGACAUAUGCAUCAGAUAGUUAUCUCCAACUCAAGGAGGCUAACAACAUCAAAGAGCAAGUAGCAAAUGUCACAAUCAGUCUACAAAAACAAAUGUCCAUUCUCCAAAUGGACAUCAGAGCAGCUUUGGCAGUGUCUUCAGCAAAUCAAGUAGUAACCAAAGACUACUUGAAAGUAAUCAUUGACAAUCAGAAGGAAGCACACAAAUUAUUCAGACUUCUUACCACAAAUUCUGGAAAUCGCAAGAUGGAAGUGGUUCUUCAACAACAUAGUCCAUCCUUGAUUCCAGAGCUUCCCAUUAGAGUCAAAGAAGGAGAAGUGUCUUACAUUCCUAUGCAUCUAAACUUGACUGAUCUAGUCCUUGAAGCUCAGAGAAGCAAUCCGGAAAACUCAACACAGCACUUAUCCAGCUCCGGAUUGGAUGGAACAGAGGCUGUAGGAACAAUUGCUGCUCACUUCUCAAAUGAAAUUCAAACAGAGGAGAGACGAAACAACAUAAGGCGCAUCAAGGAACUAUGUUGAAGCAUGCAAGGCAUCAGGGAGAUUGCCGAAUCUUCAAGGCGCAAGAAGCACUGAAGGUUUUCUUCAUCAAAUCAGGGGGAAAACUCUGGAUCGCGACCCAUUUAAAAAUAUUUUCAGAGUAAUGCGGAAGUACAAUAAUAAUCAAAUCAUGACAUAUUUUAAAAUAUGUUGAUCAAACAUUUUCCUGCUAUCCUUGCAUCUCCUCUGACUCAAUGCCCUCCGGGAAUGGUUCCAUCAUUGUCUUCUUGUUACCUACGUGUAGUCAACGAAAAAAAAUACAAACUACACG